AUCUCUUCUUUCAUCAAGUCCGAUACUGCCCAUACCGAGAUAACCGAUCUGCUGACGACUAAGUCAGCGCUUGCGUAUGGUUUUUCCAGUAGGUGGAGCUGGUGUCAGUUGUGAAUUGUGAAUCCACCCAAGAAGCACCGAGUAGCGGUGUCGGUACAUCGGUGAAGUGUGUGUUCUAGUGAAAAAUUUCUUAAAAUGUGGCAAUUACCGAUCAUAAUCUGUGCGAUAUUUACACUGAGUGGAAUUCUCGAUGAUGUUACGGGUCUGGGACUGCAGGAUAACGGUGGUCUGGGAAGCGCUAAUGGAGGAGCCGUUUCUCAUUUCGAACCACAGGUAGCUAUGUUGUGCGAUUCCGGGAUUCACGGCCAAGAGGCCUACCAUCCCAAAUACAUGACGGAACAGGGAGAAUGGUUUUCAGACCUUUAUUCUAAGGCAACUUGUUACAAAGAUAAAAUGGAUAUUCUCAACUAUUGCAAAAAGGUAUAUCCCAAGAGAGAUAUAACAAACAUCGUAGAAAGCAGCCAUUACUUGAAAAUUGGAUCUUGGUGUCGCGCUGGGUCGUCAUCGGCAGCUCAAACAAGGGGAAAAUGCAAAACUGCACGAUGGGUGAAACCAUUUAGAUGUUUAGAAGGUCCAUUUCAAUCAGAUGCUCUUUUAGUACCUGAAAAUUGCAUGUUCGAUCACAUUCACAAUCAAAGCAAUUGUUGGACAUUCGGUCGUUGGAAUGCAACAGCAGGAAAUGCUUGUCAAGAUAAAGGAUUACAACUUAGGUCCUUUGCAAUGUUAUUACCAUGCGGAAUUUCUUUGUUCAGCGGUGUAGAAUUCGUAUGUUGUCCAAAACAUUUCAAAGAUAACCUAAAACCAAAGAAACCCAUCGAUCUAACGAUAUUAAAGAAAGAACAAGAAGUUUUCGACAAUAUUGACGACGACGAUGAGGAUGACGACGAUGAAUCCGACGAAGAUAUUGAUAAAGAUGAUCUAGAUGAUCUCGCAGAUGAAACAGAGCUCUCCGAUGAUCCAACUAUUGAUGAUGAAGACGACGAAGACGAUGAUGAUAUGUAUGAUGAAGACAUUGACUGGGAUACGACGCCGUCCAGUACUACCUCAGGAUAUAAAUCUACGGUACCUUCAACUACACCAACCACUACAACUACUGAAAAAACAACUACAAUCGCCACACCAGAUCCUUAUUUCACUCACUUCGAUCCUAGGAAUGAACAUGAAAGUUAUAAAGAAGCGCAAGAGCGUUUGGAAGAAACUCACCGUGAAAAAGUAACGAGGGUCAUGAAAGAUUGGUCGGAUUUGGAAGAAAGAUACCAAGAUAUGCGCCAGACUGAUCCCCGAGGAGCCGAUGAAUUUAAACAAAGAAUGACUCAAAGAUUCCAACAAACAGUUCAAGCCCUUGAAGAAGAAGGCGAUGCAGAAAAACAUCAACUAGCAGCUAUGCAUCAACAGCGAGUAUUGGCCCACAUUAACCAGAGAAAGAAAGAAGCUAUGACCUGUUAUACUCAAGCUUUAAAUGAUGUACCACCAAGUACUCAUCGUGUUCAAAAAUGUCUUCAAAAAUUACUGAGAUCUUUACAUAAGGACAGAGCUCAUGCCAUUAGCCACUACCGUCACCUUUUGGCUAACAGUAUAGAAGCUGCUGCUCGAGAACAACCAAGGACUCUUGAACGUUUGACUGAUAUUGACCGAAUGGUGAACCAAAGCAUGCAAAUGUUACAAAGGUAUCCCGAAUUGGCAACUAAAAUUGGUCAAUUGAUGGAUGAUUACAUUCAAGCAUUACGAUCAAAGGAUGAAACGCCAGGUUCGUUAUUAGCUAUGACAUCUGAUGCCGAACAGGCCAUUUUGGACAAAUAUAAAACGGAAGUUGCCACUAAACAAGCAGAAAGAGAACGUCAAAGGAUCCAAGAAAAAGAAAGAAAAGAACAAAGGAAAAAGGAAAAGUUAGAACUCAAAGAAGAAAAGAAACGAGUUGAGGAAGCUUUAGGGAAAAAAAUUAGCAACUUUGAUGAUGAAGAUAUGGAAGAUGAAUCAUUACCGGAGGAAAAGACAUCAACAACCUCACAACCAACAUCAGGCAUAACUUUCGCUGAAAUAAUGAGCAAUUCCAUAACUGCAACUUCAGAUAAUCGUAACGUCGAUGACGCUGCAGUACAAGAAGCCGUUGAACAAGUCGCCAAAGCAGCAAGUCAUAGACAAGAUAUCAUUAGAGUAGCACAUGUAAUGAGCCAUGAUAUCAGCCAUGGAGAACCUACUUUCUCUGUAAGAAGAGAAAUAUAUAGCCGUAAAGAUGGUAAGAGUGUCUAUUUCACUUUAGCAUUUGCCGGAAUGGCGUUGAUGGCAGCUAUAGUAGUAGGAGUGGCUGUAGCAAGACGUAAGACAUCUAGAUCACCUCAAAGUCAAGGAUUUGUGGAAGUUGAUCAAGCAGCAACUCCUGAAGAAAGACACGUAGCCAAUAUGCAAAUAAAUGGUUACGAAAAUCCGACUUACAAAUAUUUUGAAGUUAAAGAGUAAUUGGAUGUAUUUUAGUUCGAUAUUUUCGAAAAUUCUCUUUUGCCUGGCAGCACAUAAUUUAUGAUAUUAUUUGAAAGAAAAAUACUGUUUCUUAAUAAGUAUGUUAAUAUUUAAAAUUCAAACAAAAUGAUUCAUUAACUUUCUUUGUAAGAAAAAAGUUGUGGUAUUAUUGGAAACCGUUUUUCUUCUAUUAGUGUACAUAAGCAUUCGGCAAAAUAAAUAUUUCAGGCAUGACAUGCUUGUUAAGAAACAUAUUUUAUUGGGUGAAUUUGUUAAGUUUGGACAUUUGCCCCGGUCAAAAUAGACUUUCGAGGUUAAAAUAACUCUAAUAGAGCUUUCAUUUUUUUUGUAAUAGCCGAUUUAAGCCCUUUAUCAGUGAAUUAUCUUGAACUUGCCAUUCAUUUUCUCUAUUUUGACUGGUAUAAUUAUUUUUGAUGCUACUGGGAUCCUAAUCAUUCCAUUAAUUGUGUGUUAAUUGUACUUAAAUAAGCAACUCGAUAAUAAUUCUACAUAUGCAAAAUAAGAUAUACAUAUUUUGAACAAAAAAAAUUAUGAAAACUUGAAUAGGAAGUAAUAAUUUUUGCAUAUGACAGUCCAAUGUUUAAACGUAUUCAUUUAUAUAGCGAGAUAUAUGUCGGGACGAUAUACCAUAAAAAACUAACGCGAUAUUAGAUAGAAAUUGAACAAAAACAAAAAAAAACAAGCGAUCGUCCACGAUAUUUAUAUUAGUUGCUAGAUGUAUAUGGUACCCUCCAUAUUUAAUACCUAAUGAAAAAUUAGAUUAUAAAAAAAUGCAUGUUAAUCGACAAGCUUUUGUACAGUCGCUUUUUUUUAAGAUUUUAUCAGCUUUAUUCACAAAUUAUAAUUUUUUAAUCAACUCUUGAAUAUAAGUGUCACUUUCAUAUUAAUACAAUCCAAAUUUUUUGUCUUAAUCUAUGAGGCACUAUAAGAGAAUAUUCCAUCAUUUUUUCUAACGUUCCACGCAUCCGAAUUCCGAUGGUACGUUUUCGAAAAAAUACAAAUUUCUGACAAAAAUAUUUUGCAUGUCCCAUGAAUACGUUUUUUCUUAAGUAAAUCAUGGUAUUUUUUCUGCACUUUUCGAUUUUUAAAAAUUUUUCUCACCGAAAAUCUUCGUGGCUUUUGCACUUCAGCCCUUUUCUAUAUAUAUUUUCAUAAAGAUAACAGGAGAUAUCGAUUUUAAUUUAUUUCAAUAACUGACAUCCCAAAUCCAAAUAACCAAGCUAAACAAAAAGUAUCAUAGAUACUUUAAAAGUAAGGUUAAAACCGUUCAAUAUCGAAAAAAGGUGAACAAAAUUCAACUCGGUGGAUUAAUAAAAAUAUUCAGAUUAAAAUUCGCGCCAAAAUUUCUAAUAAAUAGGAUCGCUAUCAAAUCAUCGUACCAUCGGAAAACGUGUGCAUAGGACACCGACCUUAAUCUGUUUUUAUACUCAACUGCUUGAAUUGAUGAUUCAUAAUGAACUAAAAUACCCGCGAGACGAUCAAUUACAUUGACAAUUGCGAUUGAUGGAACUUCAAUGAAUGUUUUAUCAGUCGUCAGGUGAUCGGUGAAUCUCUCGAGUCGUUUAUUGUUUGCGAUUUCCAAUGUCGACUUGGCCUUAACUUCUGGAAUUCUCUAUUUGUUCGUAGGAUAUUAUUUUUGUGUACACCUUCUCCUUUUUACCCGGGAUAUUGUAGCCGGGACUUGUAACAUCCCACAAACAAUGAUGAGAUGCUUGGAAAUCUUCAAUCAGCUUUAAAACCUCGUUCAACCACAUCUUUACGAAGCGUUGUAUUAACAAAAAAUAAAGAACCACACCAAGAGCAGAACACGUAAACAGUCGAAUCACGCCACUCAGUAGCUGGAGACAGAUUGAGACGACUCGAUUGACAUCUACACUGUCAAAAUGUUGAGCAACAUGUCUAACGUUGCAUGAAGUCUCCCAUUACUGUCGGGAGAGCAUAGACCUGCGAUUUUUGCUUUCGUAACUGGCCCGUAGACGGGGAUUGGUCUAUAGACAACCUUAGACACGUCUUUGUCCAAAAUCACGCAACCUACUAGUGUGUACAAGACUUAAUAAGGAUAUAAAAGGAGCUUGACUUACAUCUGUAUUGAGCUUAAAAAUAUUCUAAAAAUCGAUUGUAAGAGGAAAAAUGGUAUGAUCGAGGUAUAAUAAGAGUUUUUGGUUACUACAGACACAAACUGAGAUUGAGUUAAACACAGAUCUUAACUAAUUAAGUAGGUUUGGCUUCCUUUCAUGUACUAUGAUCCGCAACAAUAACUAUACCGCCAAUAGUCACGAGCUCACUACUCACCCGAUAUGUAUGGGUGCAUCCCUGAGCUGGUGAGGACGUGAAUUUUGUGAAACUGCAUUUCAGAUUCCGGCUUAACUUUAGUCGUUGUGGUUUGUAUUAACCAAAACUUUUAUGGUAGUUUUUUGAAUUGAUGUUUAAAAUAUUUUUCUAAUAAUAGAGUGGAGUGAAGAUAAAAAUUAAUCGAACGUAUCAAGAACUAGUAUUUUCAGACAUGGUAGGGACAAUUAAAACAGUUUCAAUAUCAAUUUGUCACGUUUCAGAAAUUUCUUAAACUUUCAUAUCGUCAUAUUUCGAUAAAAUCACUUGUAUUCUGUAAACAUUUAAAUGUUUUAAACAAAAUCACUUUUUUAAAUGUACAAGAAUCGAUAAUUAAAUCAGUUGCAGCUACCAAAUUAACAUCUUCCUUACUACUCAUCUUAGUGAACUCUAAUGAAACGAUAAUGACUUAGAAUAAUUUUUUAAUGGCCCCUCAUCUUGUUCACCCAAUGUUGUCAAUUGGUGAAAUGAGUACGCACCUUUAAAAUGACAUUUUUGGCUCAAUUUUGGUGUUAUUUGUGUCAAAACGUUAAAUAAGUUACUCUCUUACUUUUCCUCACAGAAAGGAAACCUAAUUAUUAAUGAAUCCUUGAAAACGAAUCUUUCCAGUGACCCUCACAUACUUGAAAAAACUUUCCCUUCGCUUAUAUUAACCAUCCAAUAAAAGCAAUAAUAUAUCACUAUAAUUUUUAUAUUUCAAACAUUACUAUAAAUUUUUGACAUUAAUAUUCUCGAGUUUAAAAAAUAGGUAAAUGACAGUCUUAAUUAAUAUAGCACAAGAUAAAACAAUUCCUUCCAAAAAUUAUUGAUCUGCAAAGUUCAAAAACUGAAUAAUAUUUUGUUUUGAUACGAUCAAAAAAAUAAUUUUUGGGAGGAAUAGUACCAACCACGAUAAAUAAACAUAAUUGUUCCUGUAUUCAUUCCGUAUUAUGAGACAGAAAAAGGCAGAGUUAAGAUAGUUUUGCACUAUUACAAUCAAUAAUUUUCAGGAGGCGGAUGUACUUUAGUCUUAUAGUAUUUAAGAAAAUUUUAAUUUGCCCAAGUGCUUUAUUCUACUGCUGAAGAGAAAGCAAAGUACAAUUACAAUCCACCUGUCAUCAUAUACAACAUAUUGGUGAUAUAGAAGUGGAUACCAAAUACAACAGUCACAACUACAAUAUCUUGUUCUUCAAGCCAUCCGUAGGUCGCUGGUUCAUAUCUGACUGGAAGAAUCUAAAAUGUAGUUGUGAAUGUUAUUGUAGAAGUAGUCAAUAUGGAUACCAUAAACUAUUCCAUAAAAAUUAACUUAAGUAAAAAAGAAAA